CUCAACACCUUACUUCUCCUUUUUCACUCUUCACUCUUGUUUCUUUUCUGAACAUGGAUAUGGAUUCCACCUCCUUCUUCAAUUCACCCUCUUCCGAUUUCUCCUCCGAAUCUUCCUCUCCGGAGGCCUUCUCAUGGGAGGGCUACCUCCCCUUCAACGAGAACGACCCGGAGGAGAUGCUCCUCUACGGCAUGAUCACCGGCGCCACCACAGUCGAGCGCACGGCCGACCGAGCGGGCUCUGAGGAGAGUGAGGCGGUGCAAAAGGAGAAGUCCUACCGCGGAGUGCGGCGGCGCCCGUGGGGGAAGUUUGCGGCGGAGAUUAGGGACUCCACACGGCAUGGGAUGAGGGUGUGGCUUGGGACAUUCGACAGCGCGGAAGCCGCGGCUUUGGCUUACGACCAAGCAGCGUUUUCCAUGCGUGGCCCCGCCGCAAUUCUGAACUUCCCCGUUGAUAUCGUUAGAGAAUCGCUGAGGGAGAUGAACUACACGGUGGACAGCAAUGAAGAAGGGUGCUCCCCUGUUGUCGCUCUCAAGAGGAAACACUCGUUGCGGAGGAAAAUUGGUGUGAAGAAAAACAACAAACAGAGUAGCGUAGACAAUGCGGUCGUGUUUGAAGACCUUGGUCCUGACUACUUGGAACAGUUGUUGAUGUCCUCUGAUCGUAUUCCCUCCUCCUUCUGAUUCAUUCAUUCCUCAAUUGCAAUCCAAACCUCAAAAGCCUUCACGCUGCGGCUCAAGCAACAAUCACCGCAACGUUUUUUUACAACCUUAUAAAUAUUCAUGAUGCAUAGUUUCUACUUAGGCUUUUUCUUCUAUGUUCUUUGGUUCUUGUGUGGCCGAGAUGCCUGUGUCAUGUUUGGAUGACAGAUUUCAACAUCUUCUGAAUCUGUAUCUUUUUCUCUCUUGAUGGUUUUUUUUUUAGUUUUUGUUUUCCUAGAAUUGGAGAAUUUUCUUGUUUUUUUGUAAAGUUUAGACGAUAAGGAAUGCAUUAAUCUAUGUGGGGCACCAUUUAUGUCAGAUUGUCGAUAUUUAUUGAGGUGACUGGGACUGUUGUUUUAGCUU